UCUAUUGAAAACUGUGGAAAUUCUCAUAAAGAAAAAGAGAGUUGGAAGUGAACAUUAAAAAUGACAAAGUUAAGUUCAACUUAUGGGAAGGUUCAUCUUCUUUCUAUUUUGCUUUUACUAUCAAAUAUUUGCUUUCAAGUUGCAACAUGUGGUUCUAUAGUAAAGUUUCUUCCUGGAUUCCAAGGACCCCUUCCUUUUGCGCUUGAAACUGGGUAUGUUGGAGUGGGUGAGAAAGAAGAUGUGCAAGUAUUUUACUACUUCAUUGAAUCAGAGAAGAAUCCAAAGGAUGAUCCUCUCAUACUUUGGCUAACUGGUGGACCUGGUUGCUCUGCUUUGUCUGGUCUUAUGCUUGAAAUUGGUCCUCUUGAGUUAAAAAAGGAGGAAUACAAUGGGAGCCUGCCUAAUCUGAUCUUGAGGCAACAUUCAUGGACAAAGGUGAGUAGUAUUAUAUUUGUAGAUUUGCCGGUUUCCACAGGCUUCACUUAUGCCACAACAGAAUCCGGUACUAAGCGAAGCGACUCGAUACUAGUUCAUCAAACUUAUCAAUUUCUAAGAAAGUGGUUGGUUGAUCAUCCAAAGUUUCAAUCAAACGAAGUUUACAUUGCUGGUGAUUCAUACUCUGGCAUUCCUAUUCCUGUCAUUGUUCAAAAAAUUGCAGAAGGAAAUGAAAAAGGAGUCCAACCAUGGAUAAAUCUCCAGGGAUACUUGUUGGGGAAUGCUGCAAUAACCGGAAAGGAGAAAAACUAUGUAAUCCCUUUUGCUCAUGGAAUGGGACUCAUAUCCGAUGAACUAUACGACUCACUACAAAAAAAUUGUAAUGGAGACUACAUAAAUGUAGAGACAAGAAAUGUUUUAUGUUCUAGAGAUAUCAGUUCAUUCGAUGAGGUCACAUCAGGAAUUCAUGAACCACAUAUUUUAGAGCCGAGUUGUGAGUGGCUUGAUAAUACUGAAAAUUCUCCAAGGAGAUCUCUCAUCAAUAAAGAUCCCACCAAUUUCCUCAACACAAAUCUCAAAUUGCCACUUUUAAGCUGCCGAAGUUAUACAUAUUUCCUUAUGGGUUAUUGGGCCAAUGAUGAUAAUGUUCGCAAAGCGCUACACAUACAGAAGGGAAGUGUUGCGAAAUGGCAUCGGUGUACCUUUAAUAUACCUCAUAAGAAAGAUAUCCCCAACAGCUAUGAUUAUCUGGUAAAUCUCAGUAGAAAAGGCAUUCGUUCACUAAUUUACAGCGGCGAUCAUGACAUGAAAAUUCCAUUCUUGGCAACACAAGCAUGGAUAAGAUCUUUAAACUAUUCCAUUGUUGAUGAUUGGAGACAGUGGCAUACAAAUGACCAAGUUGCAGGAUACACAAGGACUUACUCCAAUCAGAUGACAUUUGCAACUGUGAAGGGUGGAGGACACACAGCUCCGGAGUACCGGCCUAAGGAAUGUUUUGACAUGUUUAGUAGGUGGAUAUCUAAGAGAGCUUUGUAAAAAUAUGUCUGGGGAAUAUAAACUAACGAAUAUAAAAGUAACAAUAAAGGACCCAAUAUGUGUGUAACUCAAAAUCAUGUUAGAAUCAUUUUUUUAAAAAGAAAGUUUAAAUACAAGACGGUUUUCUUGCUCGA